UCCUCUUUUAUUUCACUCUCUCUUCGCAUUCUUCGCGCGAGGGUUUCGUCGCUCGAUCGAGAGGAGGAGAGGGAUCAUGUAUCGCUGCAACGCCUGCAACGCGGAUUUGGAUGAGGGGGAGCAGCGGGCGCACUAUCGAUCGGAGUGGCACCGGCACAAUCUCAAGCGCAAGGUUGCUGGGAUUCCCGGCGUCUCCGAGAAGCUCUUCAAUCUCCGGCUGGAGCUUCUGGCAGCUGAGAAGAACACCCAAGAAGCCCGGAUGAUUUACACUUGCGCUACUUGCAACAAGUCCUACUCCACCGUCAAUGCGCACGAGCAGCACCUCAAAUCCAAGCUCCAUUUGAGUAGAGCCGGCGAUGGUCGCGACGCUACUGCGGUUGUUCGUCCUGCUCGAUCUCCGUCCAUGGAUGGAAGUAAGAAGAGCUUGGAGAAAGAGGAGGAAAGUGAGGACGAGUGGGAGGAAGUGGACGAUGGCGACGUAGAUAUCCAGUCUUUCACGGAUGAGGAAGACAAUGGCACCGCCACCACUGCCGCCAUCACCGACACGGAUUGGAAUCCAGCACAGUGCUUCAUCUGCGACGCUGAGCCGGAUCAAACUCUGGAAGGCUGCGUGGAACACAUGCACAGGGUGCAUGGAUUUUUCAUCCCGGAUGCCGAGUACUUGAAAGACGCGACGGGAUUGCUGAGCUAUCUCGGUUCCAAGGUCACCAAAGGAUUUAUGUGCCUCUACUGCGACGAAAGCGGGAAGCAAUUCCAGAGCCUCGAGGCUGUGAGGAAACACAUGAUCGCAAAGAGCCACUGCAAGCUUCGUUACGGUGAGGGCGAUGGCGGUGCCGAGGAAGAGCUCGAAGACUUUUACGACUAUAGCAGAAGCUACGAGGAAGGUGGAGGAGAGCUCAUGGCUGUUGAUCAAGAGGACGAGUCUCCUAUUUCGCUCUCUACUGGCGGCUACGAGCUCGUCCUCAAAUCCUCGGAGGAUGGCGUGGCCACCAAAACGAUUGGCUCUCGAGAGUUUCAUCGCUACUACAAGCAAAGGCCCAGGCCUGUGGAAGAUCGCAGCACCGGUGGCAGUGCUAGCGCUGUUCGUGCUCUCGUCUCAAGGUAUCGAAGCAUGGGAUUGGCAACUCGACAAAGCCAGCGAUCGUUCGUCAGUCGCAAAGAGACGAGCCACCUUCCAGCAGUGAGACUGGAGGCCAUGAGAACGAAGCUGGGGCUCAAGAACAACGUUAUAAGAAAUCUUCCAAAGAACUGUACACACUGAAAGCGCUAUAUAGUUAUUGUUUCAUGCGGAUGUUUAAAGGAAAUAGUUAAAGGAAACAAUCCCUUUAA